AUGUCUCUACCUGAAGAAGAAAUCAGGAAACUUUUCAGAGUCCACAAGACAUUGAACCAGAUGCUUAAAGACCGUGGUUAUAUAGUCACGGACUCUGAAAUUGAGAUGACUGAAGAAGAGUUUGUCGAGAAAUAUGGCGAGAACAUGACAAGAGAGGAUCGUGUUACUCUCAAGAUUAAGAGGAACGAUGAAUCUGUUAAGCUCGUUGUCAUCUUUCUGAAAGAACCAAAGCCUAAAGUCAACGAAGUUAGGCCUUACAUUAAGCGCAUGCAAUCUGAGAAAGUCUUCAGAGCAAUUUUCGUUGUGAAGGAGUCGACACGCUACGUUCUUGACUUGAUAAGCCAGACACCAAAACUUCACUUGGAAAUUUUUAUGGAGACAGAGCUUCUAAUGAACGUAAAAGAUCACGUCUUUGUUCCUGAUCAUAGAGCUCUAACAACUGAGGAGAAGAAAGCUUUGUUGGAGAAGUACACUGUGAAAGAGAAUCAGCUUCCACGUAUCCGGGUUACAGACCCAGUCGCCAAGUACUAUGGGCUAAGACGUGGAGAAGUCGUGAAGAUCAUACGCCAGAGUGAAACAGCCGAUCGUUAUGUCACAUACCGGUAUGUUGUAUGA